UGCGCUUGUUUCCGGCUCCCAUAGCAACACGACUAGCUCGCCUGCAGUGGUACGGCUAUCUCGCAUGCUAACUUACAAAACAAGCUAAUUUACUUCACUCUUUAAAGCUUAUUUCAGCUAUCAUAAUGAAUGACUGCGUCGUGUUAAAGGUUAGUUAAGGUUUAAACCGAAAGAACCGCGUUACAAUGGCGGAGAAGAGGCGCUCCGGGGGCGGUACGGUGAUGCCUGACUCCAAAUCCGUGAAAUCCGAGAGUGAUAAAGAGUUUCUCUCGCAGGCCGGGGUCGGGGUGCUGCUCCGAGACGCCCUGCUGAAGCUGGUGGAGGCGAGGUCGGAGGAUCCCAUAGGUUUCCUCGCUGAACACUUUAGUAACCUGGCCUCGGAGUCGGAGAGCGGGCCAGUGGGGGGAGGAGGAGGAGAUGGAGGAGAGCCGCAGGAGAACACGGUGGAGGAGCAGCAGCAGCUCAGCAGAGCUCUGUGGCAUCUCAGCCUGGCCCAUCACUCACAGAGAUCCGCCUUCAACAACAACAUCCGUCUGGCCUAUGACUUGCUGACCCAGUGUGGCUCCAUUCAGCGUGUCCCCGGUGGCGUCCAAGGCCGCAUCUACACUGAAAUGCUGCAGUGCCUGUGCAGUGAAGGUGGCCUGUCGGGCACCACGGCUGCCCCCUUGCUCCGCCGAAUCCGUUGCCAUGACUAUGAAGCUGUACCCUUCGAGCUGUUCCGGCAGGGUGUGCAGACCUGUACUGCAUUCGCUGACUACAUCCGCAAGUCCCAGUGCCUGUACGCAGCCGUGGCCAGUCGCCCUGAGCGGCCAGCAGAGAGGUCGUUGUGCCGUGCUGUCCUGGCCACCCUGGAGGAGGCACUGGACACCUCUCACGGAGCUGAUUCUGCACGUUUUUUGGAGGCCAGUGCCAAGAUCUCUCCUGCCAAGCUGGCCCAGGCCAUGGCCGAUGUGCGUGGCGCUGGCGAGCAGCAGGAGGGCCCAACCAUGGACGCGAGGGAAUUUGAGGAUGCUGCUGCCGCACUCUUCAUAGCCAGGGUGCGAGUGGUCAUCUGAACUAGAGCUGGGAGUGCACAGCUGUUGUUAGGACUGAGAAUAUUUUGAAGUUUAGCCAAUGGGGCCAUGCCCAUUAGAGAUGACGUUUCUGAUGUUCACUUUUUGAAAAAAAAAAGAUAAAAAUAUAAUUACCAGGUGUUUCCUUUGCUAUUUAUUUUCUAUGAAAUUAAACAUGGAAAUGGAAAGGUAAAGUGGGACAAAGGAAUUGCAACAAAUAGUAGGAAUUGCUAUUAAUGGCAAAAGAAAGCUUUUAGAGUUAUUUUGAUCACUCAUUUCACUAUAUUUAUAUGUGGAUAAAGAAUUAGAAUCAAGCUUUAUUCACCAACUGUGUUUACACGUUGAAGACCUUUGUCUUUGGUAACAUAGUAGCUAAAGAUGACAUAAUUCUUCAACACAUACACAGACAUACAGGCAUCCUUUCAUGUGAACAUUUACACAUACAUCCAUGACUGAAAUGAGUGCACCGUUUAUUGUAUAAGGUGUAAUAAUGUUCAGCGAGCAGACAAAAGUUAACAAAUUCUAAAUUAAAAGCAGUGAUGCUGUACCAAAGACAAUGUCAAUAGGCAUAAAUUAUUCAAGAGUGUAAUGACAUGACAAAAAAAACUUAAAAAAAAAAUUAUAUUAAAAUUAAACACUAUAUUAAAAACAGACAUAUAUAACAUUCAGAGUCAACUCAGCAUUGUUCUUUUUUUUUGCAGCUAAAGGGGACUUCCACCAGUUGGUCAGAAUUUCUGUAUAAUUCAAUCUUUCGGAUGUAAACAAAGUCACUCAGAGUGCUUUGAUGUGAAAUGAUUAAUUGUAGAGAAACUUCCUGACUUUGAGAGUCUUCUAACUUUUAAUAUGUAAUGAAAAUGUAAAUCAGAAAAAAAUAUGCUUUAUUUGGGCCUGCAUGUACCUUUCCACUAUGAUAGGCUUUAAAAAAUGUUUUAAGCUAAAACAUUUAUCUCGAAACUUGUUACAUUGUAAAACAAUGUCUUGGGCAUCAGGCAGCGCAUUCCAAACCAUUUCAUUGCAGAUAACCUUCUGUGACGUUUCUGUCAUAGCAUGGUUCCAUUUUCAAACUCCAAAAACUGAAAAUGUCACAAAUGCACAAUAAAUAUAUCAUCUAAAUUAUGCUGAGUCUGAUACUUUAGCAUUAACUACAACUGUUUGUUUUUUGUUGUACCAUCUUUGCAAAAAAAUGUUCAUAAAACAUUUUCAGUACAAUUAUUUGAUCUAUGAAUUGAUUAUAAUAUAUUAUAAUAUAAUAGAACUUUAGGACAUUGCAAUACAGAACACUUCACCAGUUCUUCAUAUUACUAAUUGAAAAACCUCUUACUCUGUGCUUACAGUACACAGAUCAUGUUCUGUGUCUUUGUUCAGUAAGCUUAUCUUUGAGAAUGGUAACGGGGUGACUGGCAGUGUAUUUAACAUACUCUGUAAUUAACAAUGUUAUAUCAUCUGAUAGUAUUAUGUGAUUGUUUAUGGAUGUAGCUGAGGAAUUUGUGAAAUCUUUAAAACAAAUAGUAUGGUAACUCUUAACAUUUCAGCAUGUGCAGCACUUGGGAAUUAGCUCUGUAAUUAUAUCAUGCAAAUAACUAGCCUGGAGUUUUGAGAAGAAAAUUGGUGAUGCUUUAUCAUGCCUUUGUUGUACAUAUUAUAAAUAAAUAAUAAUAAUUGUGACACUGUUAAAAAUCUUUAGUGGCCCUGGAUAUUGGUUGGAAUGCUGUGCUUUCUUCAUUUACCCAGCAGAGGGUGUCAAACACCAGAGUGUAUUUUGUAUUAUGAAGUUCAAACAUAUACACUGAUGCAACAAUGCACAUUUAUUCACUUAGUUAAGAACUUCUGUAAGAAAAAAGACAAAUGUUGAAGCUUUACACAGACAUAUAAUGAAAACUCACAUUUUCCUCAUUUUUUUUAUAUAAAUGAGUUGUAAAGCAUGUAAACACUGUAAAUGUUAACUUUACAGAAUGAAACUUUUAUACAACCACACUACAUGGAUAAAAGAACUGGGACACAUCUCUCAAUCAUUAAAUUCAAGUGGCUCAAAGCCUGCAGAGCUCCAAACCUCCUCUGGCAUUAACACCAGCACAAAACUGCACCAGGAGCUUCAUGGCAUGGGUUUCCAUGGCUGAGCAGCUGUGCACAAGCCUUACAUCCCCAAGCACAAUACCAAGUAUCAGAUCAAGCAGUUUAGGACAUGCCAGCACUGGACUCUAAAACAGUGGAAACAUGUUCUAUAGCGUCAUGAAUUACACUUCUCUACCUGACAGUCUGAUGGAUGAGUCUGGGUUUGGUGAAUGCCAAGAGAACGUUACCUGUCGGACUGCAAUGUGCCAACUGUAAAGUUUGGUGAAGGAGGGGUAACACUAUGAGGUUGUUUUUUGGGGUUGGCCUAGGCCCCUUAGUUCCAGUGAAGGGAAAUCUUAAUGCUUCAGCAGACCAAGAAAUUUUGGACAAUUGUACGCUUCCAACUUCAUAGGAACCCUUUUCUGUUUCAGCAUGACUGUGCCCCAGUGCUCAAAGCAAGGUCCAUAAAGGUGUGAUAGUUUGAGCUUAGUGUGAAAGAACUUGACUGGCUCUCACAGAUCCCUGACCUUAACCUCAAUAGUUUCGAGCCUGGUGGACCAGAAAACUGUUAAAGGGAAACUCCACUGAUCUUUCAAAAAAAUUCCACAUAAUUAAAUGGUUGUGUAAACAGAUCAUCCAGAGUGGUUUGAUGUGAAAUGCACCGUUGUAGAGAAAUGUGCAGAGUCAGAAUUCUUCACAGUGGUAGUGAUGGGAACCAGACGUUUGAAGAUUUUAUUGCCUCUGAGUGCUUGAUCACAGAAAAUGAUUUAAUAAGAUAGUUAUAUGCUGGCUGAUAUCUGACACAUUGUUUAAUGUGUGACACAUUGCUAAACAGCAAAAGA